GCUUCAGUCCAGGGUGCAAACCUGUCCUAGAGCAUCUCUGAGUUAUAAGUUUAAUGAGGAAAUGCAGAGGUAUUCUGACACUGAAAAUGCUGCUGGGUUCAUGAAACGAGCAUCGUGAGACCUUGGCUACAGAUACGGAGCUGGGCUGGGGUGGAUCCAUCUCCUCUCAGCAGUACCUGGUGACAUUUUAGGGGAAGCAUGGGAAGGUGAUCACCCUCCACCUGAGAAAGGCUAAAGCCCAGAGAAAAUCUCAAUAGGUCAGAAGGAGAGACCAUCUCCCCUUACUCUUCACUCAUCACUUUACCUAACAGAACUUGCUCUGUUCCACCUGAGGGCAGCAGAAAUGCUGAGGGUUUCUGAUAUCCAAGAACAGCAGCAAAGAUACAGGGGAUCUUAGCAAAAAAACCAGCAGAAUUCUUGAACACGAAAUGGUGUGUCUGUGUGUUACCGAGGAGGGUGUCUGGGAAAUGCCUUUGAUUUUGGUUCCAGGUAUCUCCUCUAAAUCUUCACUGUCCUUUCUCCAUGAACAGGUCCCCAUGUGCAGCCCCAAAAAAUGUCCAACAACAGCUCCAUCAGCCACUUCCUCCUGCUGGCAUUAGCAGACACGCGGCAGCUGCAGCUCCUGCACUUCUGCCUCUUGCUGGGCAUCUCCCUGGCUGCCCUCCUGGGCAACGGCCUCAUCAUCAGCGCCGUAGCCUGCGGCCACCACCUGCACACGCCCAUGUUCUUCUUCCUGCUCAACCUGGCCCUCAGCGACCUGGGCUCCGUCUGCACCACUGUGCCCAAAGCCAUGCACAAUUCCCUCUGGGACACCAGGAACAUCUCCUACACAGGAUGUACUGCUCAGCUCUUUUUCUUUUUGCUCUUCAUCUCAGCAGAGCUUUCCCUCCUGACCAUCAUGUGCUAUGACCGCUACGUGUCCAUCUGCAAACCCCUGCACUACGGGACCCUCCUGGGCAGCAGAGCUUGUGCCCACAUGGCAGCAGCUGCCUGGGCCAGUGCCUUUCUCUAUUCUCUGCUGCACACAGCCGAUACAUUUUCCCUGCCCCUGUGCCAUGGCAAUGCCCUGGGCCAGUUUUUCUGUGAAAUCCCCCAGAUCCUCAAGCUCUCCUGCUCCAAAUCCCAUCUCAGGGAAAUGGGGCUUCUUGCUGUAAGUGCCUGUUUGGUAUUUGGUUGUUUCGUGUUCAUUGUUUUCUCCUAUGUGCAGAUCUUCAGGGCUGUGCUGAGGAUCCCCUCUGAGCAGGGACGGCACAAAGCUUUUUCCACCUGCCUCCCUCACCUGGCCGUGCUCUCCCUCUUCCUCAGCACUGGCAUAUUUACGUACCUGAAACCGUCCUCCAUCUCCUCCCCAUCCCUGGAUCUGGCCUUGUCAGUUCUGUACUCGGUAGUGCCUCCAGCCCUGAACCCCCUCAUCUACAGCCUGAGGAACCAGGAGCUCAAGGCUGCAGUGAGGAGACUGAUAACUCGAUGUUUUCAGAAAUAUUAA